AUGGAGGAUUGGUAUGGCGAGGGCGGGAAGAUGGCGACGCGUGCGGCCGACGAGGCAAUUUGCCUCUACAUCGCGGGGACGCGCACGGCGGAGCGUCAGUGCGAGCACCCGCUCUUCCUCAACAUGCUGCGCGCCGUUGCUGCCGUUGGAGGCAGCUACGUCCCCCCCAAGCGUGACUUCGUCAGCGGCGUCGGGCUGCAGGAGUGCAAGAGGCGAAUUGAAAAGGGGUCGGAGCCCAUUACGAAAACCUGGACGGAGACCGACGUGACGAUUGCCAGCGACAUGAUGCGGGACAAGAGCGGGCGCGCACAGAUUAACAUCAUUUGUAUCAACGACAGCGGCGCGGUGUUCCAGGAGGCGGUUGACUGCAAGGCAGGGACUAAGAGUGGGGCGUUCAUCGUGAGCAUCCUGCAGCCGAUCAUCGAGAAGAUUGGGCCGCAGCACAUCGUCGCUUUUUGCUCGGACGGCGGCAGCAACUACGUGUCCGCCGGCAAGAAGCUGCAGCAGAUCUACCCACAUCUCGAGAUCGUUCCCUGCGCCACUCACGUACUCGAUCUGCUGAUGGAGGACAUCGGCGGGAUGGACUGGGCGCAGCACGUCGUCCCUGUUGCGAACGACAUCAUCUCGUUCGUGCGCAGCCACACGUGGACGCGCGCCUUCCUGCGGUGUCCCGAGCUGCACGGCGAGGAGAAGUCGUUGCAGCCGCUGCGCCUGGCGGGCACGCGCUUUGGGACGAACUACAUCGCUGUGUCGCGGCUGCUCAAGGUCCGUCAGCAUCUGACGCAGAUGGUGACGCACAAGGGUUGGGAGGAGAAGGGAGGUAGCACACAGACUGGAAAGACAUUUGCGGCGUCGGUUUUGGAUGUGGAGUGCUGGAAAAAGGCGGAGACAUUCGUGAAGGUGAUGGCGCUGCUCUACAAGGUGAUGAGGCGGACUAAUGGGGAGGCGAAGGGGAGGAUGGGUGAAAUGUACGACAUCAUGCUGCAGCUGACGGAGGACUUGCAGAAGCUGUUGGAGAAGGAUGAUUGUGGGCUCAAGAGGGCGGAUAAGGAGGGGGUGAAGGAGCACUUGAGGCGGCGUUGGGACGAGAGCUUGGCCUGCCCCCUUCACGUGCGCUCGAGGGCAUUCGUCGACAAGUAUUGGAAGAGCGGCGGCGACACUAAGGGGACGAUGAAGGCGCUGCAGGAGGGGAUGCUUGCGUUCAUUGAGGGGAAGGGGUGCUUCAGGUCUGAGGAGGCAAUAGAGGGGCGGGCGGAGAUUAAGGCCGGGAAGGGGGACAUGGUGACGUGGUGGAAUGUGAACGGCUGGGAGUACCGCGACCUGGCUGGCCUUGCGUGCCGGGCGCUUUCACAGCCCGUCUCCGCUUCACCAUGCGAGCGCGGAUGGUCCACAUGGGAUGGCGUGCACACGGCGCGCCGGAACAGGUUGGGUUCGGAGAAGGUCCGCGACCUUGUGUUCGUUGCGCACAAUUGGAACGUUGUGCACAACCACCACAAGGGUGCGGCUGGUGCGGGGCCGAGUGGGGAAGUCAGGAAGGCGGGAAUAGUGGAGGGGAACAUUCCCCCCCCUCCCCUUCCCGAGGGGUACAAGCUUGAGGAGGAUGGAGAGGUGGAGGUGGAUGAGGAUGACAUCACCUUCGAUGAGUACAAGGCGCAGGAGGAUUUGGAGAAGGAGGAGAAGAAGGAGAUGGAGAAGGAGAUGGAGAUCUAG